UUCCGGCAGCGAUGGCGGCGGGCGGAGCGCGGCCGGCGGUUGUGCUGGGCGCCAUGGAGAUGGGGCGGCGGGCAGGGCCGGAGGCCAGCGCCGCGCUGCUCCGGGCCUUCCUGCGCCGCGGGUACCGCCUGCUCGACACCGCGUACAUGUACGCGGGGGGAGAGUCGGAGAAGAUCCUGGGCGCGCUGCUGGCUGCAGGCACCGAGCCCGUGCAAAUCGCCACCAAGGCCAACCCCUGGGAUGGGAAGACGCUGAAGCCCGAGAGCGUGCGGUCACAGCUGAACACAUCCCUGGAGAGGCUGAAGAGGACGAGAGUGGAGCUUUUCUACCUCCAUGCCCCCGACCACGGGACCCCAGUGGAGGAGACACUACGUGCCUGCAAUGAGCUGCACAAAGAGGGGAAGUUUAAGGAGCUUGGUCUAUCCAACUAUGCGGCAUGGGAGGUAGCAGAAAUCUGCACCAUCUGCAAAUACAACAACUGGGUGAUGCCAACUGUGUACCAGGGCAUGUACAAUGAGACCACUCGCCAGGUGGAAGCUGAGCUCUUCCCUUGCCUGAGACACUACGGGCUGCGGUUCUACGCCUACAACCCACUUGCAGGAGGGCUGUUGACUGGCAAAUACAAGUAUGAGGACAAAGACACACGUCAGCCCACGGGAACAUUUUUUGGGAAUGACUGGGCUCAAGCUUACAGGGACAGGUAUGUUUUGAGCUGACAGAUGAGCAGAGAG